AUGCAAAUUCAUACUUCAUCUGCUCAUACCUUAAAAAAGUGCGAAUAGUUCUAGCAUUUAUCUCCAUAAGCUUAAGAAGCUCUUUAAAGUUUAAAAAAAAUAAGGAACUUUGGAUGUGAAAAAGCGAGUGAUCUUCUAGACGUUAAAAAAAUCACUUCUGAUAAUAUUGAUUAUCUAUCAAAAAUAGGUUAAGUUGUAAAACAUCUUCCAUAAAAUGAAUUUUUAGGAUCUCAAAAUUUCUCUUUUAUUUAGAAGUAUUAAAUUCAUAUUAACUUUAUCUAGUUCUAAAUAAUUAUUACCUUUUAAGAAUUCUAUUGUUCAAGAUGAUCCAACACCUAAUUUUUCAGAGGCUAUUUCAAGUGAAAGAAAGCAAAUAAGCGAAACUCAAUAAAAUCAACAAUUCUUUCAAAAAUAGUUAAAAUUAAUUUAAAACUUACAAAUUAAACUAUCCUAAGAUUCAAAUAAAGUAAAUAAAGGUUUUAUUAAAAAAUUUAAGUAAGAAAAAGAGAAUAAGCUUAAUCCUUAUUAGAAAAAAAAUUAUCAAUAAAAUAGAUUAAGUGAUUUAAUAUCAAAUGAAAUUAAAAAAAAUGUAUUAGCUAAUUCAACAAAUAAUAUUCGAAAAAAUUCACAAACAAGUUUGAAUACACAUAAUACAUCAUAAACUAAAUCCAAUUUAUCACUAUAAUAAGAUUAUUUGUAUUAGAAAGCAAUAUUUUAACAAGAAAAGUUUAAAACUUAUAUAGAGAAGGGAUAAAUAAUAAAUAAUAUAAAAGAGAUGAAAGAAUGUACAUUUAAUCCAAGAAUUAAUUAGAAAUCUAAAAUAAUUAAUGAAAGCACUUUUCUCGAAAGAUAAAAUAUAUGGAUGAGAAAAAAGAAUGAUAAAAUAUCUGAGUAAUUAGAAAUUUAAUAAGAAAAAGCAAUUAAAGAAGUAAAUAUUAAAAUUUAAUCAUAGUGCACAUUUAGUCCAAAUUGGAGAGAUAAUAGCAAUACAAGAAUUAAUAGUUGUGAUGUAUAUAAUAGAAAUUUAUAAUGGCAAAAUAAAAUAAAUAGAAAGAAACAACAGUUAAGAAAUUCUAUGAUUGAUUUUAAAAAUAAUGAGAGAAAGAAUAGUAAAAUAUAGAUACAACGAUCUAAUUCUACAUAAUUAAUUAAUUAAUAAACUGAUUUAAGAUAACUGCUCGAAAUUUAAUUUAAACUUAACCCUCCAAAAUAUAUUAAAAGUGUUACUCCAACCCAUUAAGUUACUGAAACUACUGUAACUCCAAAUUCUUAAUGUGGAUAUUCAGAAUUAGGAAAAAGAAAAAAUAGUAUUUUACAAAUAGAGUAAAAAUACAAAUUGCUUUUUGAUUUUGCUCAUAAUGUAUCCAAAAAUCCAUCCAAAAAGAAAAAAUGA